UCUCAUUUUUACAUCUUACCAUUGCAUUUGCAGUUUCUGCCACUGUGGCUGAUUAUCAGCACCUCCUUGUGCUCAGUUGCUCUCACGCACUACUCAUUUAUAAUCACGCCUCUCCAAGUGCCCGGUGUACAUCUGCUCAGUCCUUUUGUAGCCUUCUCAUCUGCUGCAGGGUCACGUUUAGCAAGCCAUUCAGUUAGCCGUUAUUUCAAAUGCAAGCACUUGUUUGCUUAUUUCUCCUGCCUUUGCCCUUGCCACUCUCUCUCCCCUCCUCCUCCUAUCACAUACAGACAACUACAGCCUUGGCUGGGGAGCCAACAGGCAGUAACACAGGUUUACAGCAACAGAAAAGAAACAAGCAGACAAAAGGUGACGGCAAAUCUCAUCAUGGCAUCGGCCGCUCUCCAAUUUUUUGCUUUCGUCCUAGCCUUGUUUGGUGUUUUUGGUGCGAUCGCAGCCACUCUGUUGCCCAACUGGAAGGUGAAUGCAGACACGGGCUCAAACAUAAUCACGGCCAUCACUCAGAUGCAAGGGCUCUGGAUGGACUGCACAUGGUACAGCACCGGGAUGUUCAGCUGCACGCUGAAAUAUUCAAUCCUGUCUCUCCCUGUUUACAUCCAGGCAGCAAGGACCACCAUGAUUCUGUCCUGCAUCCUCUCCAUUUUUGGGAUCUGCAUUGCCACAGUGGGGAUGAAGUGCACCCUCCUGGGAGGGGACAGAGAGACCAAAAACCACACGUCAGUUGCCGGAGGAGUCUUCUUUAUUUUGGCAGGAAUAUCUGGCUUGAUACCAACAGCCUGGUACACGAACGAGAUUAUUUCAAAAUUUCUGGACCCAACUAUUCCAGAAAGCAGUAAGCAUGAACCAGGAGGAGCAGUUUACAUUGGAUUUAUUUCAGCUGGACUUCUGCUUGCUGCAGGUGCCAUCUUUGGCACUUCCUGUUUUAAGAAACAGCAGAGAGCAGAGAUUUAUUCUAACAAGCAGCAGAAUCUGCACCCAGCUGCCCGGCAAGUGGACACAGGCUACAGCCUGAAGGACUAUGUGUAAAUAUGGUGGUGGACCUGUCCUCCAAAGUUGUUUAUGUAGUCUUGAUUUUAUAACAAUGCGGUUGAUGCAAGCCUUAUAAGUGCAUUGGGUGAGGUGUUUAUUUAUUAAAAAAAGAAAAAGAUGCUAAGAAUUUAAAAUCACUAACCAUUUAUUACUGGUACUGCUUUGCAGCUAGAUUAUACUGAGAAUGGGGUGGGGUGGGAUAGAAAUAUAAAUCAGUUACAAUAGUUCGUACUUGUCACAUGCCACCUUUAGUAUCACGAAGUGUCUUAUUUGAAUAAUGGCACCAGCUGAACUGAUUCUGCCUUACUGGGAAUUUCUGUGUGUUGUUUUUAAAUGUUAUCUGCAUUUCUCAAUGUCAGGUUUCAAUGACUAUGAUAAACGAUAUAUAUCUCAA